AUGAAGGUAUUCAACAGCAUUGUCGCGGUCACCUUGGCUCAGAGAACUUUCCAAACCGAAGAAACUCAACUCGGUGCAAGACGAUACAACGAUUUGUUGAAGAUGGUGAAGAACUACAAUCCUGACUUUGACGAGCGAAAAUAUUGGGCUUACGGUUGCCAGUGCCUCAUUCUCGGCGAUCGGCCGAUGAGCGAAAUGGGACACGGAAAACCAAUCGACCAGCUAGACGUUUCUUGCCACAAAUACAAACAGUGCCAGAAGUGUGUUCGAAAGGAGUUCGGAUCUGAGUGCAUUGGCGAGUUCGUCAAGUAUAGCUGGGGAACCAGACGAAGAGAGGCCUACUGCGAGGAUGCUGUUGGAACUUGCGCUAGAGCUCUUUGCGAGUGCGACUUGGACUUUUCCAAGAAGCUCACUCCGGAGUUGGUGAGCGUCUUUGAUCCUGAGUAUCACUUGUUCUACACAACUACCGGAUGGAAUCCUGAGGAGAGCUGCGAGAAGGGAAACGGAGUUUCAAGACCAGAAUGCUGCGGCCCCGACGACGGACCAAAAUACAUCUACAAUUCCUUGUCAAAACAGUGCUGUGCGGAUUACUCGAUCAAGAAAACGUGCCCAGCCUAUUAG